UUUCCGCGAUGCGCCACUUUCGUCCAUUUAUGACGAUGGAGUUGGCGCUCGUUGGAUCGAUCGCGUUGUCGAUUUCGUUCGGUGGUGUGGCGAAUACAACAUGGGGGAACGCAAGGAGCGUAUUCGACAAGCGCAGGCGGCACCUAUCGACCUACCUUGACAUGACACUUUUCGACGGCGACAACCACGGCAGGGGCUAUGGGUGGCGUUGAAACGUGGUGAUGUGUGCUGCUUCCUUGGACGACCAUGUACGCCACAAUGUGCAAGUCCUAACUCACCGAUCGGGCUCACCCAAGAUGGUCUGUCGGUGGAGUCGACCCUGGUCCACACAAUUCACUUUGCUAUGAAGUCCACCGUUGCAAAGUGUCGUGAACAGUGUUCACGACCGCCACCAAGCAUUGGGUCAUCGACAGACUUCCUGCUGUGCUCGUCUUCUUCAUCUACACCUUGCUCCACGUGAACUCGACGCCCGUGCCCCAAGGUCACUUGCCCAUGGCGUCCUGGUCCACAGAGGGGUGCAUGAUGAUCGUGUCGAUGGUCGGCGGCCUCAUCUGCCGCAUGUUUUGCUCCGUCGACAGCAAUGGGUACAUUAUCACAAACAAGAGCUCGGCAUUCAAGGUCAACUACACGCGCAAGCUGCAGCACUUUGCCGCGUACAUGGUGCCGCUGGUGAUGCACACCAACUUCCAUGGCCCGCUCGCGCUCGCGUGGGGCGACUUCUUCACCAUGAUCGGGUUCCUGGUCCUGAUCAAGCCCGUGCGCGAGUCGCUGUCGUUCUUCAUGCUCCAGUUCAACUCGCUGGAUCGCCCGGAGGACCGCCCGCACACGCUCAAGUGGAUCAUUGCCGGCAACAUCGCGCCGGGGCUGUUCAUCCUCAUGUUUUUCAAGUGGCUCUUUGCCGAGAACGGCGACCUGGUCUACAUCAUCGUGUUCAUCACGGGCAUCGGCGACGGCUUGGCCGAGCCCGUCGGCAUCAUGUGGGGCAAGCACAAGUACAAGACGACUGCGUGCUUCUCGACGCGCGCGUACACGCGCAGCUGGGAAGGGUCGACGUGUGUGUUCUUGUCGGGCAUGAUCUUCCCCGCGCUGCAGUACGCCGACUUUGACAGCUUUGCGCAAGUCCUGGUCUCGAUGAUCGUGCUGCCGCCGACGAUGGCGUACGCGGAAGCGAUUGCACCCCACACGAUGGACACUCCCGUCCUCAUGAUCGGAUGCGGCAUCAUUUUGUGGGUCAUCACGACGUUUGUGUAG